UGUGGUGUAGUGUUUUGCUUAUCUGUAGCUUUGACCUGAAAACUGAGAAAUAUUUCCAGAAGUGUUUAUUGAUUCUUCACACCACGUGUGGUGCGGACCUGCGCAGAAGGAAUAUUGGUGUUGCUCCGCUAUGCCUGGACCUCCAUCGACUGCUUAUUCUUCCAACGGAGAUUCGAAAAACCCAGAGAUGCCUAGUCACCGCCAGGUGUCAGAUCACCACCACAGAUGGCGUCACCUGUUCUGGAAGAUCCUGGAGGUGUUCCUAGCCGAGACUGUAGGCACGGGGAUGUUAUUGUUCUUCGGAUGUAUGGGUCAAGUCAACUUCGUGCCUGAAGUUGAGCAGCAUCCACUUCAAGGGGCUGUAGUGUUUGCUGUCGUAGUUGCAACUAUAAUACAGAUAUUUGGACACAUCAGUAAUGCUCAUCUCAACCCCGCUGUCACCAUCGCCUUUCUGAUGUUGGGGCAAGUGACAGCUCCUAUGGCUUUGGUCUACGUUCUCUCCGAAGUUGCUGGGGCUGUCUUAGGCUAUGGACUACUCAUGCUGCUGACGCCUCCGGACGUACUGACCUCAGCAUCGCCCAAUCUAUGCUGCACUUUACCCCACUCGGGGCUCACAGACGUCCAGGCGGUCGCCAUGGAGUUCUUCGCCACAUGUUUCCUAGUGAUGGUCGUGUGUGCCUGUGCUGACCCCAGGAACCAGGAUAAGUCUGACUCGGUGCCACUCAAGUUUGGAUGCACCAUCCUCGCGCUCUCUAUAGCUGUGGGUCCCUACACAGGCGCCAGUAUGAACCCAGCACGUUCCAUGGGUCCAGCACUAUUUACUGGAAAUUGGACCAGUCAUUGGGUAUACUGGGUAGGGCCUUGCCUCAGUGGCUUCUUCACAGCCAUCUUCUACCAAGCCAUCUUCAACAGACCACAAGACCCCAACCUUCUAUACGAAGUUGAACCUCUCAACAUGGUCAAAGUAAACGACCCUUCGUCCUCCAAAAGGGAGAGGGAAGAGAAAUGGCAGGUGGCCGAGGUGGUCUUUGCCGAGGUGGCAGGAACUGCUCUGCUGGUGUUCUUUGUCUGCAUGAGUCAAAUAAAUUUCUUCCCAGAAAUGCCUUUGCCAACGUUACAACCUGCCAUCAUGACAGCUGUUGCAGUCGCUACUAUAAUACAGGAGCCAGAAAAGAGAAUUUUAUUUCUCCAGAUGUUCGGCCAUAUCAGCCAAGCUCACAUCAACCCUGCCGUGACCAUCGCUCUUCUCACCCUUGGUCACGUGACUCCGGCCAUGGCGGGGGUGUACUGUGUUUCUCAGAUAGCCGGGGCACUGCUGGGGUAUGGCAUGUUGUUGAGCUUCACCCCUCCAGAUCUGACUGCCUUCAAGACUCCCGGGUUCUGCUGCACCCUCCCCCACCCCAGUCUGUCAGCUGUGCAGGCGCUAGGCGUGGAGUUUGUGGCAUCCUGCGUACUGAUCUUGGUCGUCUGCGCAUGCGUAGAUCCCAGGAACGCCCACAGGCUUGACUCCGCCCCUCUCAAGUUUGGAACUACGCUGAUGACGCUGUGUGUUGGAACAGGUCAAUACACUGGUGCCAGCUUCAAUCCUGCUAGAAGUUUAGCACCUGCGCUCUGGACAGGAACUUGGACUGGUCAUUGGAUAUACUGGCUGGGGCCGUUGCUGAGUGGAGUCACCACAGCGUUGUUCUACAAAGCAAUAUUCCUUCCCCGUGCUCAGCAAUCCUACUCAGAACCUGUCGUCAGCAUAGAGGCUGAACCGCUGAACCAGGUCAAGGUCAGAGCGUCAGCGUCUGACGGUGAAGAGAAGAGAAAUAGUAGAUAGUGACAUGAUACACCAGCUGCUUGAAGCUCAAGAAAAUACUCAUA